AUGUCCUAUCCUAAGAAGGCUCCCACUGGCCACAUCCUUGAAGAGCUCUACGCCUGGUAUAGUACAGUUGGUGUCAAAGGUCAAGAGGAGGAAAGGGAUGACUGCUUGGAACGCGCUAUAGCAGCUCUAAGAGAUCUCCACAGCCAGCGGUUUGCGCCUUGCAGCACACAUAAAGAUUGGAAUAUUGAGAGCUAUAGCAAUAGCUUCAAUCUGCAGCAGUUAGUAACGCAUUGGCGUUGGUUCACUCCGACCGGCGGCGGCGGCGGCGACCUCCACGGAAUCCACCAGCAACCCACAAUGGAGCUACCAACUCUGCUGAUCCUCGCAGCACUUUUCCUCGUUUUCCGCUUCGUACAAUCGCGACGAGCCGCAGCAACACCAAUGGAGUCCCACGGAAAGGUUGCCAACAUCGACAACGAUGUCAUCUUCAAGGCUCUAGUCCACUCUGGCGCCGCCGUUGUCGACUUCUACGCCACUUGGUGCGGUCCCUGCCGCGCCGUUGCUCCCAAGGUCGGUGAGCUGAGUGAGAAGUACCAGAACGUCCGCUUCGUGCAGGUCGAUGUGGAUAAGCUGCGUGGUGUGGCUUCCGAGUUCAAUGUCACUGCCAUGCCUACUUUCGUUCUCAUGAAGGAUGGUAAGGAGGUGCAGCGCAUUCGUGGUGCCGACAUUCGGGCUCUGGAGGCGGGUAUCCAGGCUAUCUCUGCUUGA